GCUUCAAUGUGGAGACAAUAGAGUACAAAAAUAUUACUUUCACUGUUUGGGAUGUUGGAGGGCAAGAUAAGAUAAGGCCUUUGUGGAGACAUUACUUUCAGAAUACUCAAGGCCUUAUAUUUGUUGUGGACAGCAAUGAUAGAGAGAGAAUCGCAGAAGCUCGAAGCGAGCUUCAUCACAUUUUAAGUGAGAGUGAACUUAGCAAUGCAACACUCCUGGUACUUGCUAAUAAGCAAGACCUUCCAAAUGCUAUGUGUGCUUCUGAGGUUGCCGAUAAACUUGCCUUACACUUGCUUGGUCUACGUUACUGGUACAUCCAAAGCACUUCUGCCACCUCUGGACAAGGACUCUAUGAAGGUCUUGAUUGGCUAUCUAAUAAUAUUAUCACUGACAAGACAUGAUGUAAAAGACUUCUAUAAGAUUCAAACCAGUCACUUUCAAUC